AGGUUAAGUUGAUCCGUUUAUUUACAUUGUUCCCCAGUGGAACGGAUGUCAGAUAAAUUCAAAAAAUAAACGAAAUUUCGCAAGAUGGGCUUCUUGAAAGUACUGAGAAAGAUGAAACAGAAGGAAAAAGAGAUGAGGAUCCUCAUGCUGGGUCUCGAUAACGCCGGAAAAACGACCAUCCUGAAACGUUUCAACGGCGAACCCAUAGACACAAUAUCGCCCACUCUGGGUUUCAACAUCAAAACCCUCGAACACAGGAAUUACAAGUUGAAUAUGUGGGACGUGGGAGGGCAGAAAUCCCUCAGAUCCUACUGGAGGAAUUACUUCGAAUGCACAGACGGCCUGAUUUGGGUGGUCGAUAGUGCUGAUAAAAGAAGACUCGAAGACUGCAGAGACGAACUACACGCCCUUCUCAAAGAAGAACGGCUAUUAGGCGCUACUCUGCUGAUUUUCGCAAACAAACAAGAUUUACAAGGGGCUUGCAAAGCGGAUGAGAUCAAAGAGAUUUUAGGUCUGGAGGAUAUCAAAACGCACCAUUGGAAUAUCGUUUGGUGUAGCGCAGUGACUGGGGAAAACCUGCUAAAAGGAAUCGAUUGGAUGAUUGAUGAUAUUGCUUGUAGAAUAUUCACUCAAGAUUGAAUUGAAAUGUUCAUAAAUUAUCUAUUUAACCACUGUGAUCUUUUUGAGUUUGGAAAGGAAGAUUGUUGAUCUCGUUGAGGCUGAGUUUCAGUUGAGUUACGAUUGUUGCUUAAUAAUAUUUUUAUAAUCUUAUCCUCAUAAUACAUAUGCUUUCAGUAAAA